AUUUUUUCAAUUGCUAUUAUAGCAUCAAUUUUAAUUAUUAUUACCAGCGUAGUUAUAACUCUAGCCUCUAUUUUAUCAAAAAAAGCAUUAACAGAUCGUGAAAAAUGUUCUCCUUUUGAAUGCGGGUUUGAUCCUAAAUCUUCUUCACGACUGCCCUUUUCCCUUCGGUUCUUUUUAAUUACAAUUAUUUUCUUAAUUUUUGAUGUAGAAAUUGCUCUUAUUCUACCCAUAAUUUUAAUUAUUUCAAUUUCUAAUAUUACUAUAUGGGCUACAACAAGAAUUGUAUUCAUCAUUAUUUUAAUUAUCGGGCUAUACCACGAAUGAAACCAAGGGAUACUAAAUUGAUCAAAUU